UAUACGGUCACUCUUGCCUUGAGAUCAGCGGCGAUUAGGGAGAGAGAGGAACAAUAGGAGAGCGAAAACUAUAAAGAAGAUGCCAUAGACGCCGCAGAGAAGAGCUUGCCCCAUUCAAUAGCUGUGUCAGGGGUUUUCUAGAGAGAGAAUUCCGAUUCAGCUUCUAGAGAGACAAAUUCCUAAUCCCUUUUUUUCGUCGUCUGUGUUCUUUGCUUCUUCACAGGUCUCUGAUCUUCGUCAUCUGCUCUGUUUACUUGUUUGGAUAAUUCUGAAACGACGCAGAAACCGGUGCAAUUGUUCUCCGAUCAUUUACCCCUCGUCGCCUGGGAAGGACUUGUCAUGGUUUACGGAGUGAUUCUUUGGAUUCUGGCGGGUGAAGGAAAAGGUUUCAUUCUGAUUUGUCAUUUGUUGGUGGAGAUCCUUUCAUGGGAUCUAUAUUUCGACGUCUAAUCAUUGAUGGAACUUCUUGUUAAACGUAUUACUGGAGAAUGAGAAAAGUGCGAUUCCUUUUGUUAGUCAUCUCAUCUGAUUUGAUCUUUUAGGGAAAAUGGAAAAAGAUGGAGAAGGAGGAGAGGAAGAAGAAAACUCAGGUUCUUGAAUCGGUUUACAUGAUGAUGAUGAUGAUGAUGAAAACAUGGUUGCCAAUGAGAAGGGAUACUACAAUAGUUAUGCAUAUGGGAUAUGGUUGGUUUUUCUCAAAGGAAAGGUUGCUCCUUUAGGUGUUAUGAAAAUUAAAUAAUUUUUUUUCCAAUAGUUCAGGGAAACAUUUGAGGGUUACAGAAUUUCAGAGUUUUCAUAGAUUGAAUUGAUUCUUUUUGGUUCCAUUUGGUAGCAGUACAUUGAGAUUUGCUUAGUGUCUCUAUAUGAUUCUAUCUACUUUAAUUUCUAUCUUUAGUUUCUCCUUACCUGCCUUAGAUAGUAUUUCAUAAUGAGGUCCUGUAAGCUUAUAUUACUUGAUUGUUGAUCGUUCCACUACUUAUAAGCUCGAUGGAGUCGAUGAUGCUGAGGAAGAGCAAUGGAUAUAGUCGGUAUCAGUGAAAAAGAAGAGGUAAUGUUGAAUUUGCAAAAGGACCAGAGGUGGACUCUUCGGUUUUGAAGGAUGAGAAAUCAAGAUACAAACAUAAUAAGGCUGAGCUCCUUAAGUAAGUGCUGCUUAUUAGUUUUGAGCUGUGUUGUAUCAAUUUCACCAAUGAAAAGGCGCAACAGCAUUUCAACCAGUUAUGCUACUGUUGUUAUGCUCAUUUUUCGGCAUAUGUUUAUGUCUAAAGCAAGUGGAUGAGUCAUUAAUCUUUUAGAUGAAACAUGAAGCUGUAUCAAACAUUCAAAAACUGCAAGCGGAAUAGCAAGCCAAAGCUAUAUUGAACCAGUUUCAUGAUAUCACAUUACGCUGGAGAGUUUGCUUGUCAGGCUUGCCUGUAUCUUUACAAGACCAAAGAUUAUGUGGUGGCAGAGCGUCAGAACAUCGCGACAGCUUCCAGCGGUCCUUUCAUAACAGGCCGACCAGAAAUUUCUGGGUUCGUCGUAGAACGAGAAGAGAGAGAGAUGUGGACGGCGGGUCUUGUGAGGCGAACGGUGGGGUUGACCGCGAGCACAGCGUCGAGGCGGUGGUGCAGGGGCAUUACGGCGGAGCCAUCUCCGACGCCGGAGACGGCCAAGAAGCAUAUGAGAAUGGAAAAUGUGGAGGAGAUGAAGAAGAAGCUUCAGAGUGUGGCGGAGAAGGAAGUGAUGGCUUACAAAGACCUUCUGGAAGCUUCUGAGAAGAUGGGGAUUGCCAAUUCUCUCGACGAAGCUCGUGCCUUUGCUCGUGUCCUCGACGACGCCGGUCUCGUCCUCAUUUUCAGGAACUCAGUCUACCUUCAUCCCGACAAGGUCGUGGAUCGGAUAAGGAAAGCAGUACCCCUCGCGCUCACACCCGAAGAUGAUCCAACGAGAGAGGAGUUUAAGAAGCUCAAGAUCUUGAAGGAAGAAAUCGACGUCGAGGCUCAUAAACAGGUGAGGAGGAUCCUAUGGUGCGGCCUCGCUUAUUCCGUGGUUCAGGUCGGAGUCCUCUUCAGGUUAACUUUCUGGGAAUUCUCGUGGGACGUGAUGGAACCCAUCACGUUCUUCACCACAGCCACUGGUUUGAUCGUCGGCUACGGCUACUUCCUCAUCACUUCGAGGGAUCCGAGCUAUCAGGACUUGAUGAAGAGGCUGUUCCUGUUCAGACAGAGGAAGCUGCUCGACAAGUACGGCUUCGACGUCGGGAGAUUCAGAGAGCUGGAGACGAGGAGAUGCAGCAGACACGGGUCGUGCCAUGCCUCUGCUUCCAUCAAGAAUCGUGUGGGGUUGGAUCUUGAUUUGGACGAUGCUUUGCACACAGAUUGAUUGAUGAUACCCUUUUGAUUUCCUUUUAUGGGAAGAUGAUUAACAUGCUUUAUAGAGAUUGAAUCCAUCUUGUUCAAAGAUCUCACAGCUUUAUAAUUAUUUUUUUGACAUGCGCA